GUCAGAACCUUCAAAGAUUGUUUUUAAAAACCUAUUUUUUUGUGAAACCAAAGUUUUCUGAAACAAAAGGAGGAAACAUAUCUCUCAAACAUGUCAUCAGUAUUAACAGCAGUAAUACCGAACUCAACAUCUUUUGAUCUGUCUGAGCGCGAGCCACUGAUUUUGCCUCCUUUGGAAGUCAUGCUGGCUACAAUCGUCGGUAACUUCCUCUCAAUCUUCUCUCAAAUCAUCGUCAUCAUGAUUUCUCUAGGGCUAGACGGCGACAACUCCGCCCAGACAAUCAUGAUUGUUCAGUCAGUGGCCGAAAUCAUAAAGAGAGUGAGCACGUUUCCGCUGGUGCUUUGUGGCCUGACAGGUGGUGAUGGUUGGAUAUGUCUUUACCUUACGGAUCUUGUUGCGUAUAACCUGAAGGAAGCUGUUAUAAGAUUCGCACGCUCUAUCCCGGACGUUUUGGCAUUCUUGCUGUCUUUCGAUCGCUACAUUGCUAUUAAAUACGCUGCCUGGUACCGGGAGAACUGCACCCGCAGAACAGCUUGGUACGUCGUAGCGCCUGCACUCCUCAUCAGAGUACCAGAUGUCGCGCUUAUUCUGUGGAUGUCGAAUUGGACGACUAGCGGUGACGGGUUCUCAAACACAACUUCGUUGCAUUUGUCGGUUGUGAACACAGCAGUUGAUGUUUUGGGAGCUGUGAUGGUUUUGGCGAAUACUAUCGUGACGUCAUUUCUCAUCAAGGAAAUCGUGAGGAGGAGAAACCGAGGAGUUACGAGACAGAGCAAUGAAUCAAAGGCCAACACUGUCACCCGUGUUCUUGCAAUCUACAGCGUCAUCUACUCGCUUUUCGGAGUCAUUCAAUACGCGUUGAUGUUGCCAAUUCAUAUUCGUGUAAACGAGACGACAUUUUUGCUAGGGGGAGCCGCGUAUUUAAGCUCUGCGAUUGCCCAAAUUGUGCAGGCCCCCAUUUUUCUUUUCAUCUCAUCCAUGCGGCAAGCACUCCUGAAAACACUCGUCAGAAACGGACGCUGA